GCUAGCCUGGGCCUAAUGCCGCUGACACAACUCAGCUCCGAUUACGCUCCGAGAUUUGUGCGUUUGAGCUUCCUCCGUACCAAGUACCUUGCCGGUGCCGUUUUCCCUCGCAUGCUGCAGUAGAAUUCGACCAUAGUUGAGGUGUAUCGGCUGUGAUACCCGUAGUCACCAGCUGUUGACCGCCAGCUUUGGCCUCUUUGCUCUGCUCUGAAAAUUGGGCCCUUUCCACCUCCAAUUGGCCUUUCUUGCGUCCCUCGCAGCGCCGCACAGAUGAUGCGGCAGCUCCUCCCCCGACGCGCUCUGCGCGCGCCGGCGGCCUUCGUUGCGCCGCGGCGGUCGCCGCUCGGCCUGUUCCAAGCGACGCGCCAGUACAGCAUCACCCCGGAGGCUGCGUCCGAGACGAGGCUACAGGACAUCGACCCGAGCCAGCUUGUGAUCGAGAGGACCUCAAACCCCAAGCCGCUCAAGAAGUCCGAGGACUUGAUCUUCGGGCGCAACUUCACAGGUAACUAACUACCUAGCUACUUAGAUCGAGCUCGUCCUUCCUCGGCCAAAAAGCAGACAGGACAUAUGCUAACCAAACUCCCCCGUCCCGCAGACCACAUGCUCACCAUCGAGUGGAACAAGACCACGGGCUGGCAAAAACCACACAUUGUGCCGUACCAGAACCUGUCGCUCGACCCGGCCACCUGCGUGUUCCACUACGCCUUCGAGUGCUUCGAGGGCAUGAAGGCCUACAAGGACAAGGCCGGCAAGAUCCGGCUGUUCCGCCCGGACAAGAACAUGGAGCGCUUCAACAAGUCGGCCGCGCGCAUCGCCCUGCCCAACUUCAACUCAGCCGCCCUGAUUGACCUGCUCGCCGAGUACACCAAGCUGGAGAGCCGCUUCAUCCCCGAGGAGCGCGGCUACUCGCUGUACCUGCGCCCGACCAUGAUCGGCACGCAGAAGACGCUCGGCGUCGGCCCGCCCGGCUCGGCCCUGCUCUUCGUCAUCGCCUCGCCCGUCGGGCCGUACUACCCGACCGGCUUCAAGGCCAUCUCGCUCGAGGCGACCGACUACGCGGUGCGCGCCUGGCCGGGCGGCGUGGGCGACAAGAAGCUGGGCGCCAACUACGCGCCGUGCAUCGUGCCGCAGCGCGAGGCCAUGAGCCGCGGCUUCCAGCAGAACCUGUGGCUGUUCGGCGACGAGCAGUUCGUCACCGAGGUCGGCACCAUGAACUUCUUCGUCGCCCUGCGCAACAAGCAGACCGGCCAGAAGGAGCUCAUCACGGCGCCGCUGGACGGCACCAUCCUCGAGGGCGUUACGCGCGACUCGGUGCUGGCGCUGGCGCGCGAGCGCCUCGCGCCCGAGGGCUGGAACAUCGUCGAGCGCAAGUACACCAUGGGGGAGCUGGACGAGGCCGCCAGCGAGGGGCGGCUGCUGGAGGCCUUCGGCGCCGGCACGGCCGCCAUCGUGAGCCCCGUGCGGGCCAUCAGCUGGAAGGGCAAGCUGGUGCACUGCGGGUUGAAGGACCACGAGGAGUCGGGCGAGAUCGCCACCAAGAUGAAGAACUGGAUCGAGGCGCGGCAGUACGGCGACGACCCGCAUGAGUGGAGCUACGUCUGCUAGGUUGGGAGGAUCCAUGUGCAUUGGCGAAUCUAGACUUUGUAUAGAGCAGCGGCAGCGAAUGUAUGUAAUCGGAGCGUUGAUAUUGCCGAGCGUGUUGAAUGCUUCCCCUUCCUAAGUCGCCCAGGCGUCUCCACGCAGAUGGGUAAUCUACCCUGCGAUAUGAAAUCUCAUGAUUCACCAUUGACACCGGAGUUGAGAACAUUGACAAAAAGGAAAGCAAACAAGGCAA